AUGGACAGUCCUCAGAGCAGGAAAGUCUCUUCCAGCGGAGUAGCCGCUCCGUCUACGGCUCUCAAGGAUAGAUUCCGACGGAUGCAGCGCGGAAUGACUAUGGAGGAGGUGCAGCAAUACGGGGUAUUGAACGAUGAAGAAGCAACCGAGCUGUUCAAAGGCAUUGAUCUGGAUGAGAAGACUAUCAAGAAACUUCCCAAGAAGCAACGGCCUUACUACGAACACCUGGCCCAACUCAAGGAGCAUUACGAGGAGGUCGAUCAACUCCUAGCGGGAGAAAUACCCAAGAACAUUGCUAGCUCGUUCAAGCGCCCACAGGUCCGAGCCACCAUACGACAGGACAGCAGUCUCACCACAAGCCAGAAAGGAUUAGCUAGGUCGCUAAGGAGAAGUAGCUCGAGGACAAUCAAGCCCGCGCGGGAGAAUGGUGACGCAGAGGCGGGAGAGGAGGAUGGGCUAUUGAGCGGAGCUCAAAAGGAAGAAAAGAGGGAACGGACAGCCAAGAUUGCUUUGAACGUCAAUACAGGGGUGAAUGUAGUCCUGGUAGUUGCGAAGCUGGUCGCAGUACUGUAUUCGUCGUCGAUAUCCCUUCUGGCAUCACUGGUCGACUCGGCUCUGGAUCUUCUGAGCACAUUCAUUAUCCUUGGAACAAGCUAUGCGAUUGGAAUAAAAUCGGACAAGCAUCUUUAUCCUGCCGGAAAGCGCAGAUUCGAGCCGCUUGGUGUGCUCAUCUUCUCCGUCGCGAUGAUCGCAUCCUUUGUUCAAGUCUUUAUUGAAGCAUUCCAGCGAGCUCGAGACACUUCCGACAAUGCUCCGGUGGAGCUGAGCACCAUCGGUCUGGUAACGAUGAUUGUCACGAUCGCAGUCAAGCUGGUACUGUGGAUCUGGUGCUCCCGAAUCCCUAGCUCUGGUGUGCAGGCCCUGGCUCAGGAUGCCGAAAAUGAUGUGUGGCUCAAUUCAAUGUCGCUCGCAUUCCCGUGGAUCGGUCACCGGAUUGGAUGGCGAUUGCUUGACCCAAUAGGCGGUAUGGUCCUCUCCGCUUACAUCAUCUUCGAGUGGAUCAAGACAUUAUUGCAGAACUUUGCAAAGCUAUCAGGCAAGACCGCUUCCCGUGAUCAGAUCACGCGUGUACUGUAUCUCGUCACUCGCUUUAAUCCAGUUUUGGAGAUUAAGGAAGUCGAAUGUUAUCACAUCGGAGACGAGCUUAUCGUCGAAGUCGACGUAAUCUUCCCUCAAGCAAGUUCACUUCAUUUCGCUCACGAUGUCAGUGAGACUAUCCAGUGUACUCUCGAAAGCUUGGAUGGUGUGAUACGAGCAUAUGUCCAGUAA